AUGGCCGCCACCGCCGCCAUCCACCUGCGCCCGCUCCGCUCCGUCGCCGUCUCCUCCGCGAGGUCCCGCUCGCUCCUCCACCUCCUCGCCCGCCCCUCUCCCUCUCUUCCCAAUCGGGAUCGUCCUACGCCUACCACCCUUUCCCUACCCCGGCCGCCGCCGCCCCAAACCAUGUCCACCACCCUCCCCACCACCAGCAGCAGCAGUGGGUGCCGCCGAGGAACCCACCUCCCCGGGGCCCCUCCACAGUGGUCCCUGCAGGGACAUCCGCCUCCGCCGCCCCGCGGCUAUGGGCCUCCACCGCCGCAGCACCAGCAUGUGCCGCCUCCGCCACCACGCGGUUACGGACCUCCACCACCACCAGGACAGCAUGUGCCGCCCCCACCGCCACGCGGACACGGGCCUCCACCACCGGGACAGCAUGUGCCGCCUCCUCCGCCGCCACACGGCCACGGGUUUCCACCACCAGGACAGCAUAUGCCGCCCCCCCGCCACGCGGCCACGGGCCCUCCACCACCGGGCCAGCAUAUGCCGCCGCCUCCGCCGCCACACGGCCACGGGCCUCCACCACCGGGACAGCAUGUGCCGCCGCCGCCACCACCACACGGCUACGGGCCUCCGCCACCGGGACAGCAUGUGCCUCCGCCUCCGCCACCAGGCCAGCAUGUGUCGCCUCCACCGCCACGCGGCCACGGGCCUCCACCCCGCACCAGCUGGCACCGCCUCCACCGCCGCCUCCUGAACCUGUGGCGGGGCCUGGGGAGUUGA